CGGUAGAUCAACCGUCUACGCGGUUUGGAUGGGAAUAACUAAUCCCUGUGCUUCCGCUAGCGGAGAUGGCGGUGGGUCUGUUUUCGUCCCCUCUGUCGUUUUGCCUUUAACAUGGUACCUAUCUCGCCGUCUUCACCGUUUCUUACUUGCAGCCUUCUCUCCUUCCUGUCUCAUCUUCUUUCAACCCAAUUCCUGUCCAUUGUCUCGCAGUGCCGCCUGGUGCUGGCGCAAACUUCCCCGCAAUGGACGCCGAGAUCGAGCUGCCCCGUUCGUCAUCUUUCGUUAUCGACUCCGGGAAUGAGACGGAAAUAAGACCCAACCCUCUUCGCCCCGCAGACGUGGAGAAGGACUUUGACAGAGCAUCCGCACAGUCGAAAUCCGACUCUGAGAGCGAUAGCAACCCGAUUGCCUACCACUAUUUGACCUUCGAAACGGAACUGCCGCAUCCUUCGACCCUCGACCCUCCGUGCGAAGGCGCGCCGGCCCCGCCAGAAUGCCCGAACCUCAAGAAGUACCAGAACCCGUUCGAAUGGUCCCACAAGCGCAAAUCGAUAAUCCUCUGGCUCUCGUGUGCCGCUACAGCCAUGACUGCUUUCACCGCCGGGUCGUAUAGUCCGGGCGUUGGUCAGAUGACGGACGCUUGGCACGUCAGCAAUGUUGCAGCCCUGGUCGGCAUCACGAUCUUCACAUGCGGCUUCGCGGUUGCGCCCAUGGUUCUAGCGCCCUUCUCCGAGAUCCAGGGACGCAAGCCGGUGUUCCUGACCUGCGGAAUCCUCUUCGUCAUCUGCCAGCUGUGCUGUGCCGUGACGCAGAGUUACGGCGGCAUGUUGGCUGCGCGCUUCUUUGCCGGUGUCGGCGGCAGCACGUUUUCAACAAUGGUAGGAGGAGUGGUUAGCGACAUUUACCAUGCGAAGGACCGCAACACGCCCAUGGCCAUGUUCAGUGGCGCGGCGCUACUAGGCACCGGCCUCGGGCCGCUUUGCUGCGGUUGGAUCGCCGAGAGGACGACAUGGCGCUGGAUCUUCUACAUGCAAACAAUUUUGGAUGGCGCGCUCAUGGUCGUCGUGUGCAUCUGCUUCCAAGAGACCCGCGGCAGCGUCCUGCUGAGCCGCAAGGCUGCCGCGCUGAACAAGUGGUACGAGGCGCGUGAACAGGCCGGCUACUUCAACCUCGACAUGCCGCUGGAAACGGAGCUUCUCAAGAAGAUUCCACAGAGAAUCCGAUGGAAAGUGAAAGCGGACGAAGAGCGGGCCAGUCUCAGCACCAUGAUCGGGAUCUCGCUAUACCGGCCCUUCCACCUCCUGCUAACCGAGCCUGUCGUCUUCUUCUUCUCGCUCUGGGUCGCCUUUAGCUGGGCAGUGCUGUACAUGACGCUCGCGGCCAUCCCGCUCGUCUUCGAGACGAACCACCACUUCUCGCUCGGGCAGGCCAACUCCAUCUUCGCGUCCAUGUCAAUCUUCGCCGCGCUGGCGACGGUGCUGAGCAUCGUGCAAGAGAAAUGGGCGCGCGGCUCGGGCAGGCUGGGCAACACGCCCGAGGACCGGCUCUACUUUGCAUGCGCCGAGAGCGCGCUCAUGCCCAUCGGGCUCUUCAUGUUCGGCUGGACAUGCGCGGGCCGCAUCCACUGGAUCGUACCUGCCAUAGCGAUCGGGCUCGCUACCGUAGGAAUCUUCUCCAUCUACCUCUCCGUGUUUAACUACUUGGCGGACUGCUACCACCGCUACGCCUCGUCCGCGCUCGCGGCCCAAAGCUUCUGCCGCAACAUGCUCGGCGGCAUCUUCCCGCUCAUCACGGCGCGCAUGUACAAGCAGCUGACGUUCGGCGGCGCGUCCAGCAUGCUGGGCGGCAUUGGCGCGCUGCUGACCAUUGUGCCCUGGGUGCUGUGUUUUUACGGCCCUAAGAUCCGCGCGCGCAGUAAGUUUGCUAACGAGAUUAUGGGAUAGGUGGGUCGUGUGAGGACGAGGGAGAUGAGAAUGAUGAAGACGAUGUUUAUGUUGCAAGUUGUUGUUAUAUACCCUGCUUGUCUGGUCGGAUGAGUACAGUCGCGAAAAAUACGUACGUGCAUGUUAUGUUGUAUAGGUAGAUGGAAAUGCAGAUAUGAU